AUGGUCAACCGAAUCCAAAGUCAAUUUCUAAACUGUUUCGAACAAGUAGAGUUUCACAAUAUGAAAAUUAAACCAUGGUGCAGUAUUCUAAUGAAUAUGAAAAAAUUGAAAACUCUUUCCAUUGCAUACAUUGGAAUGGAUGAAGAGGACAUUAAAUCAAUUUGUAAUAUGAGACAGUUGACUGAUCUUGAUGUUACUGGAUGUUCUAUUGGAAAAGGCCAAGGUGCAUCUACAUUGGUUACAUUUAUUGAUCAACUGCAACAAUUGACUAGACUUGUAAUAUCUUGGAAUAGAAUUGGAAUUGAAGGAGCUAAAGCAAUUAGUCAACUGAAACAAUUAACAGAGCUGGAGAUCAAUCAAAUUGGACUAGAAGGAACUAAAAUUAUUAGCGAAUUGAAUCAGUUGACCAGUCUGAAUAUUGCUAAUAAUAAAAUGGGAAAACAAGGAGCUAAAUAUAUAAGUGAAAUGAAACAAUUGACUAAACUUGACAUUGGAACGAAUCAACUCGGAGUGGAAGGAGUUCAAUAUAUCAGAAAAUUGGAUAAAUUGACUGCUUUAAGUGUCUUUAAUAAUGUCAUUGGUUUCAGGGGUGCUAUGUUAUUAAGAAAAAUGACUCAAUUGACCGAACUAAAUAUCAGUACCAAUGCGAUUGGUGAUGUAGGAGCCAAGUUUGUGAGUGAUUUACCUAAUCUCGCUAUUCUAAACCUUUCAUUCAAUAGUAUUAGUUAUGUAGGAGCUCAAUUUAUUAGCAAAUUACCAAAAUUAACUGAAUUGAACAUGAAUCAAAAUGAUUUAGGUAAUGAAGGAGUCAAAUUCAUAAGUGGAAUAAUUUCUCUGACAAAUCUUUCCCUUCAAACGACUAGAAUUGAUGAACAUGGAGUCAAGUUUAUUUCUGAAAAAUUGAAACAAUUAAGAAUUCUUAAACUUUGUGAAAAUAAUAUUGGUGAUGCAGGAGCCAAGUUUCUAAUAACUCUUGAAAAGUUAACAGAUCUUUCUCUUUAUUCAAAUAAUAUUGGAUACGAAGGAGCAAAAGCCAUUUCAACAAUGAAAGCAUUAACCCAUCUUCGAAUUCAUGGAAAUCCUAUUGGAAUUGAAGGAGCAAAGGAAAUUUAUGAACAACUGAAAGAAUUGAAAGAGUAUUGUCUAGAUCAGUAUUAA